AUGGCGCAGCAGGCGGAGAAGGCGCCGGAGCUGCAGGACCCGGAGAUCCGGGCGGAGCUGGACCAGCGCGCCCGCGACGCCGGCGAGACCGUCAUCAAGAGCGGCACCGGCGGCAAGAGCCUCGAUGCCCAGGAGCGGCUCGCCGAAGGGCGCAAGAAGGGAGGGCUGAGCCGCACGGCGGAGUCCGGCAAGGAGCGCGCCGACGAGGAGGCCGGCGCCGUGCUCAUCGAGCCCGACGAGAAGGCGCUCAAGGAGGUCAAGAAGGACCUGGGCCGCAAGUGA